AUGCCACUCGGGAGCAGAAGCGUGGCCGCCCGGCCAGCCAGUCGCCCAGCGGCACCUUCUGCCCAUCCACCUGCACACCCACCGCCCUCAGCAGCUGCCCUGAUUCCUGCCCCCUCGGGCCAGGAGGGUAUCAUGGCACAGAUGGCAUCCACGGCCGCUGGGGUAGCCAUGGGCUCUGCCAUGGRACAUGUCAUGGGMAGUGCCCUGACUGGAGCCUUCAGUGGAGGAAGCUCAGAGCCUUCCCAGCCUGCUGCCCAGCAGGCCCCUACCAGUGCUGCUCCACUACAGAUGGGGCCCUGCUCCUAGGAGAUCAAGCAAUUUCUGGACUGCUCAACCACUCAGAGCGACCUGUCCCUGUGUGAGGGCUUCAAUGAGGCCCUGAAACAGUGCAAAUACAACCAUGGUCUGAGCUCUCUCCCCUGAACAUGUUGGUGCAGACUCAUUGGCCAGCUCUGAGAUGGCUCCUGGGUCCUAACCCUGCACCCACCCCAUCCCCUUACAGACAGCUGGACCAUGAUGACAGAUUGUAACUGGGAUUGGGAGUAA